AUGUUUGGUUACCCUGGAUUCCCUCCAAAAAUCGUGACUAAGACCCUCCCAUCGCGCCGUUUCUUUUUAAGGAGAACGGCUUUUUUGAGAGGGACAUUCACGAACUGCGUGACCAAAAACAAAGAGGACUGUCCGCGGAGAGCGGAGAGCGGAAAAUGGAAAAUGGAAUUCCGGAGUUGUUCAAACGCCCUUCUCUCUCUGUCAUUCUCUGGUGAGACUCUAUCAGAAUAUAAAGUUCGGAUAUCCUUCGCCAAGGCUUAUCCUCCUCCUCCUCCUCCCACACAAUACAACGCGAGAAGAUGUGGUUUGUUUCUAUUUUGUUUUCCUAUCAGUAAACAGAUGGCUCUUCCAUUGGUUAGUUUCUUAGUUUUUCUUCCGGCGUGUAAUUCACACACGCUAUCCUAUCUCCCCUUCUUGCCGUACUCACGUAACAAAGACUGCAGACACCCUGAUCUUUUUACCUUCUUAUCGCACUCGUCUCCUCUUACCCCCCAGAUGUUGGCAGGUAGUUGUUAA